UUGAUUCAAUUACAAUGUACUGCAAAUUAACUUUCGCCUCAUGGCUUGUUGGCCUUUUGGUUUUCUGUUCCAGAUCAGGAUCCGCUCAAUUUUUGGAGAACUUCUGUGGACAUAGCAGGGAAGGACUGGACCCAAAUGCAGUGGGUCCCUGGACGGCCGUCUUGCAUUAUUCUGGACGAAUCGUUUGCUUAGGAACCCUGAUCCACGAACGGUUUAUUCUGACCGCUGCCCAUUGCGGUGAUUCUGGUGGAUUCUUGAAAGUUCGCUUGGGGGAAUACGGAAGAGUAGGUUCUGAGGUGGCGGAAGACUAUACGGUUUCUGCUUUCAUCAAGAAACGCAAUUUUAACCCGGAAUCGCAAGCCAAUAGCAUCGGCCUAGUAAAACUGAUCCGGUCUGUAGAGUACAAAGAACACAUAAGGCCCGUGUGCAUUCUCUUGGAUUCGCGAAUGCAGACUUUGGCUGAUGAGUUGGAUUACUUCACUGGAACAGCAUGGAUGCACUGGGAUAGGAAGCUAAGCUCCAAGAGUGUGGACCGGAUGCCCCAGGCUUGCGGAAGUCUUGUCAAGAGCCAGUUUUGUGCCGGUAAGAAGGAUCUUGAGUCCUGCGAAGAACCCUCCGGUUCUGCCCUAACCCACCAAAUAAACUACAUUGGACCAAACCGGACCGUUCAGUUUGGAAUCGCAAACUUAAUCGAGACAAACUGCUCAAUCUCGCGAGUUUACACCGACGUGGUGAGCCUUUCCCAAUGGAUCGGUAUGGUGGUGAACUCUCAAAAUACCAAUGAUGGUAUUGAUGAGCCGCCCAUGACUAGUCAUCUUCGAGAACUUCGAUUUAACACAAAACGGAAUUGAAACUGUAAAAUAUCCCAAUUCCAUAGGAAAAAAAAUCAAUGUUGAUUUGCAUUCUUAAAAUUACAUAUACAUAUUGUGUUUUAAUAAACAUGUAUAGUAAAAA